AUGUACCGCUUCGCAGCCAAGCUUGCCUCAAAAGCCAGGGUUGCUGGAAACAGCAGCCAGCAGGACAAGGUUAAGAACAUUGGUGCAAGCCUAGUGAAACAGGUCGCCAAUGCUACAAACGAUGUUGCUGGUGAUGGUACUACCUGUGCCACUGUCCUCACUCGCGCAAUAUUCGCUGAAGGCUGCAAGUCUGUGGCAGCUGGCAUGAAUGCCAUGGACCUAAGACGAGGCAUCACAAUGGCUGUUGAUGCAGUAGUUACAAACUUGAAAAGUAGAGCAAGAAUGAUCAGCACAUCCGAGGAGAUUGCUCAGGUUGGAACAAUUUCUGCUAAUGGAGAAAGAGAAAUUGGUGAGCUGAUUGCAAAGGCUAUGGAGAAAGUAGGGAAAGAGGGUGUUAUAACAAUUCAAGAUGGAAAAACACUGUUCAAUGAAUUGGAAGUGGUUGAAGGGAUGAAGCUUGACAGAGGUUACAUAUCUCCAUACUUCAUUACAAAUCAGAAAAAUCAGAAAUGUGAAUUGGAUGACCCGCUCAUUCUAAUCCAUGAGAAGAAAAUAUCAAGCUUACAUGCUAUUGUGAAAGUUUUGGAAUUAGCUUUGAAGAGGCAAAGGCCUCUUUUGAUAGUUUCGGAAGACGUUGAAAGUGAAGCACUUGCAACUCUUAUUGUUAACAAACUUCGAGCUGGAAUUAAGGUUUGUGCUGUGAAAGCACCCGGAUUUGGUGAAAACAGGAAAUCUAGUUUGCAAGAUCUUGCUGUCUUAACUGGAGGCCAGGUUAUAAGUGAGGAGCUCGGAAUGAAUCUUGAAGAUAUUGAAUUGGAUAUGCUGGGCUCAUGCAAAAAGGUUACUAUAUCCAAGGAUGAUACUGUUGUACUUGAUGGUGCUGGUGAGAAGAAAUCUAUAGAAGAACGAUGUGAGCAGAUUAGGUCGGCAAUUGAAUUGAGUACUUCUGAUUACGACAAGGAGAAGUUGCAAGAAAGGCUCGCUAAACUUUCUGGCGGUGUGGCUGUCCUGAAGAUUGGAGGUGCUAGUGAGGUUGAGGUAGGCGAGAAAAAGGACCGGGUGACUGAUGCUCUAAAUGCCACAAAAGCAGCUGUAGAAGAAGGAAUUGUGCCUGGUGGAGGUGUGGCCCUGCUAUAUGCUUCUAAAGAAUUGGAUAAGUUGCCGACCGCAAACUUCGAUCAGAAGAUUGGUGUGCAGAUUAUUCAGAAUGCACUGAAGACACCUGUUUACACUAUUGCAUCAAAUGCCGGUGUUGAAGGUGCUGUUGUUGUGGGCAAGUUGUUGGAGUCGGACAACCCUGAUCUUGGAUAUGACGCUGCUAAAGGUGAAUAUGUUGAUAUGGUGAAAGCUGGAAUUAUUGACCCAUUGAAGGUUAUUCGGACUGCCCUUGUCGAUGCUGCUAGCGUGUCGUCAUUGAUGACAACUACAGAAGCAAUUGUGGUGGAGUCCAAGGACGAGAAGGCGGCCCCACCAAUGGGCGGCGGUGGUGGCAUGGGUGACAUGGACUACUGA